AUGAACGCUAGAUCAGCGCCAUCCGCCAACCGCACACCUAACUUCAAGCCAACGCCCGUAAUGGAUACCACCUCGGCUCACCCCAUUGAUAUCUUCGAUGAGGACAUUAUCAACUGGGACGAGGGCCCAAGUUCUCCAUUUCUUACUGAGGUUGCGGAUCAAGAGAACCAAGUUCCCGCAUUGGACUUGCUUAAAAGCAGUCCAAGUAAACAACAAUCGCCGCGCAAGUUCAGUCGGCCAGCCAGUCCACCAGAUCACGUUACGUCUAGCGAACCAAUAACAUUGGAAGAGCCGGAGAGAGUGGAUGUGGUAGAAGAUGGACCAGACACAGAGAAUCUACCGCAACACGCCAAAGACUUGAACAUACAGAACGACGAGUCUGCCACCGAAGGUUCGUCUGACACCGGCUCAUUAUACACACCGCCAGAGUCAGAGCCGGAAGUUCCAGCAUCAUUACCUACCGAGCGGCCGAUGCAAAUGCCAUCUCCUGCGAGACGGCCUGCUAGCAACUCGCAAGAUCUUCGCGAUAACGAAGGCUUGACCAUCACCAUGACGCGAAUGGAACUGGAAUCUCGCGUUUCGCCAAAGAAGCAGAUCAGAGCAGCCAGUCCCAGUGUAGACUGUAGGGAGGAUUUGGCAUCCACCACUGUUGUCAUGGGGCAACAGCAAAAUGAUGGUGUAUCUGGAAACGACGAGUUAGACUACGACCAAGAUGUGACCACUCUCACGGCAGAUGAGACAAACAUCGACGACACCUGCUUCAGCAACUUCUCCGCCGUCCCGGACAUGACUCUCUUCGCCAAACUCAGCGCGCGCAGUCCCACCAAAACCUUCGUCCCCGACUUCGGUUCCGCCCGCACACCACGAGGCACCGGUCGCACCACCCCCAACACAUCCCGCCGGUACGGCUUCACAUUCGACCACUCCCCCUCGCCCACGCCCCGCGGCGCCAAAGCCCAAACCCGCGCCGAAAACGACACCACCAACCUGCUCGACUUCACCAACCAAUUCGACUCCAUCCCGCACCAGUCCCGGCGCUCCCCAACCCGCGGCUCUCCCACCAAGUCAACCACAACCCCCGAUCUCCGCUCCUACCUCCAUUCGCAGCGCUCACCGCACAAGCCAACCUCAACCCCAGCAAAAAACCGCAACCUCCUCAACCUCCUCGACUUCGAGCUCCCGCCGGCCCCAACCCCGCGCAGCAUCCCCACGCACACGGUCCGCGAGGUCGAGAGCAUGAAGUCGCUCUUCCAGUCGCAAAUCUCGGCGCUCGAAGCCAGCCUCUCCGGAAAGGAAGCCGAGGUGACGAGUCUCAAGAAGGCGGUCGGAGACGCCGAGAGGCGGGUAGGCGAGGCGCUGGAGGCGGUGCGCGAGGAGCGGAGCGCGCGGGAGCAUGCGGAGAAGGAGAAGCUGCAGUGGGAGAAGCAGGGGAAGGAGGUCGAGAGCGUGCUGAGGGCUGUCAAGGCUGAGGUGAUUUCCGCGGAGAAGGAGAGGGAGGAGGUGUUGAGGAAACUGGAGGCUGCGGAAAGGAGGGCGGACGAGUGCCAGAUGCGGGCGAUUGAGGCGGAGAGCCGCGCGAGUAUGGCGGAAUCCCGUGUUGCUGACGGCGCGGAUCAGACGUUGGUGGAUACUGAGGCGCAAGAGGAGGGGAGGGAGAGGCGGCCGAGCUUCACGCCUGAGCAGCAGAACUAUAUUGAUGGGCAGAUGGCAAAGAUGGGCGCGGACCUGCAUGAGAAGUAUAGGGAUAAGCACUUAAGGAAGGUUGCGGAUGUCAAGAGGAGCUAUGAGAAGAGGGCAGAGAAGAAGACGGCGGAACUUAACCAGCAGAUUAAGGAGCUUACGAGGAAGAACGAGGAGCUCUCGGCUACCAAAGAGGGCGCGUUCUCAGGCGUUUCGCCUGCGGAACUCAGCGCCGCGCUGGGCAAGGAGCGGGAAGCGUAUGUGAAGAGCAUGGAAGAGCAGAGGGCUGAGAUCGAUGAGCAGAGGGCGAAACUGGCGGGCCUUGGCUCCGAAAUCGAAUCCGUCCGCCGCUCGCAUGCUCAGCUGGCGCAAGAGUUGGAGCAGGAGCGGGUGGAGAAGGGCGAGCUGGUGGCAGCUGUUGACGAGAUGUUGGCGCUGCAAGCGGAUUUUGGCGCUCCAGCCGCAGGUGUUGACAUCGUGGAGGAUUUCAGGAAGAGCAUCUCGAGGCCUAGUGGACUCAGGGGACCGGGCUUUGCUGGCGAGAGUAGGCUCAGCAGGCCUAGUGCUCCUAGCGGUUUGAGCAGGGGUGUGAGUAAGAGCAAGAUCAUGAGCAACAUUGAGAGGAUGGGCAGCGGAAGGGCCGUGCAGUAG